CAUUUCGUCUGCGCACAUACACGUUUUCUGGGUUGCAAUAAUGUCAUCUGUCUUCAAAUAAUCCAUAAUGCAUACCGGAUUAAAGUUAUUCUACACUUUCAUUUUAAGAGUAUAUAUUUGGAAAUGUAAUGAUUAUAAUUUCUUCUCAGGGAGAACUGAGAAUUUGACAAUCGUAACAGUGGUACCUCCGUUUUUAAGGAUUGAGAUUUCCUGUGAGAUGGAGACAGUAACGUAGCUAACAGGGGAGCAAGAGAAGCGACCGCUUCUCCCGAGCACAUUUUCCAAAUUGACGCCUCUCCGGCAAUUUUUACAAAACUCAUUAGUUAUCUAUAUCAGUAGUUGUGAACUUCAUACAUAAUGACAUUGUUACUGAAACAAGAAAUUAAUGGACAUAAAAUACAAUUACGUAUGUUAUAACUAAUGGAAUAUUAUAUAAUGAAAUGAUAAGAGAAAUGCUGAAGAGUGUUUGGUAUGUAUCUCGGUGCCUUUUUGUAUCUGCUCGCUCCUCACAACUUUAGAAACUGGUUACGCCUCUUGGUGGAGGACAAUACUUUGGUGAAGAAUUUAUAAAUUGUCUUUUAUUUGAAAACCUGGACACCACUUACAUUUCUCCUGAAGAAGAAAACCAGCAUCUCUUCUGAAUCGUUUCUAAACAAGCACUGGUAUUCUGCAUAUAUUCACUCAAGUUUGAAAACCACUUAAAUUAGCCAAAAUGUCCGAGAAAGAAGAUAUUAAGAAAAAAAUUCGUGCUUUGCUCAUCUCAUCUCAAAGUGGUGUACCGUUGUUUAAUUUUCUGAAGGAUUACUAUGAUAUCAUCGGUGAACCUCUCAAAUUCCGUGAUCUUGGAUAUUUUGAUUUGGAAGAUUUUCUUUUAGAUAUGCCAGAUGUGGUCGAUGUAGUAAAGGCCGCUGAUGGACAGACCGUUUUAAAACAUGUCACAGCCGACAGUACAAAGCAUAUUGAAAAAUUAGUCGCACGACAAAAAACCGUCACCAAAAAACCACGUGCUAGUAAUAACAGUUAUAAGACCAACGGGUAUUUCCAGUCUGACUGCAUCUCACCUAGCCAUUCCUCUUAUAUUCAAAAAAGGAGUCCAGUUUCUCCAACUUUUGCAAACAGAUUCCGUCCAAACAACAGCAAACAGUUUCGACUUCCUUCCUUACCAAAUUUCAUUAAAAUUCAAAUCCAACAAACUUUAAGGAGUUUUUCUGAGCCAAUUAGUGUCCAUUCCUUUGAUGCUGCUUAUAAAGCAAGGUUUGGUGCUUCUUUAAACUACGAGAAAUGUGGAUUUUGUUCACUGGAUGCAGUUUUACAAUCUAUUCCUGAAAUGGUGAUGGGAAUCUUACAAAGGAAUGGUCAAUAUCACUAUAAAUUGCUGAAACCUCCCUAUAAUAUGGACUACAGAAAUGGUUCACCCUACUCCCCACAAGAUAACUUUAUUUCACCUUCAAAUACAUACCAUCAGCCAUAUUCACUAAAAAAUUUGGGUUUUAAGACUUCCAUACAAAGACCUGUACCAUUAUUACAGGUAUCAACAUCAUACUCUUUAAUGCAUAGUCAACCAUUCUAUGCUGCCUUUGGUAGUCCUAACUCUCAAAGUAGACAUUCCUAUUCAAAUGCUUCCACUUAUGAUGACAAAAUACAUAAAGAUAAAAAAAAUUAUUCACCGAGAAGAGAGUCAUAUUGUUCCCCUGCUGCUAAUCUAGGAAAAAUGAACAAUUCGUCUGAAUGCAACGAUAUGUUUGACCCAAUAAAUCCUGAAAUUACCUCAAAUAUCAUGAAGAUUCUUGAUCGUCAUCCAGAAGGCCUUUAUUCUUCUAAAUUAUGUUCUGCAUACCAAAAACAUCAUGGUUCUGAAUUGGAUUAUCGAGAUAUGGGCUUCCUAAGUGUAAUAGAUUUAGUUUCCAAAUUGGACACAGUCCACAUUGUGAGGCCUGCUGGCAGUGGAGAUUGGAUCUUGUAUGAUACUAAGAAAUCUAAAGAAACUGCAGAGAAGUUGGCAAAUCAGUUGCAUUCUCUUGAGUUAAAUAAAAGUAAGCUAACCAAAGAAAAAGAAAAACAAGUCCGAUUAAGUAUUUCCAAAAUGAUGGAAUCUUUUCCAAAUGGACUAAAUCUAGAUUGCUUUAUGGAGAACUACAAGGCAACAACAGGAUCAGAAUUUCAACCCUCAGAUGUUGGUUAUAAAAGCCUGGAGAGCUACAUACUCUCACUGGCCAAUAAUAUUAUUGAAAUAAGUUACUCUGGAAAUGCAUGUUUGACUAUAAAAUCUGCAAAAAAACACAACUCUAAUGAAAAUCAGCAACGUAUACAACAACCUGUUCCAAAACAUUCUGUGAAUCCUCCCCAGUCUUUAUCCAUUACAUCCUUACCAGAAGAUGCUGUUGGUCCUGGUGUGUCAUAUCGACUUCUUGAUAUACCAAAUAACAUCCAUUUCGUUGAAGUGUUUGUUAGCAACAUUGAAAACCCAGGACAUUUUUGGUUAAAAUUCCGAGGAAAAGCAUACUCUGUUGCUUUGGAGAAUUUGAUGGAUGAACUUGAAUUAUUAUAUUAUUCCUCCGAUGCUGAUGCCUAUCAUGUUCCAGAUGAAUACAUUUGUGUAGGCUUAGUAGCAGCAGCUAUAUAUCCCGAAGAUCAAAAUUGGCAUAGAGUUUAUGUUACGAAGGUACCAAAUGUAUCCUUUGUUGAGGUGUAUUUUGUUGACUAUGGCAAUACUUGCACAGUCUCUCGCAACUCUCUGCGCUUACUUCGAAACCAUUUCUUAAGUCUACCAAUGCAAGCAAUAGAAGGAAGAUUAGCAAAUGUAAAACCAAUUAAUGAUGAAUGGAGCACAAAAGCCAGGAACCGUAUGUUAUCUCUGUGUUUCAACAAACCACUAAUUGCUCUUGUUACACAAGUGAAGGACCGUAUAAUGUCUGUCUGUCUGACAGAUACUUCUGACAACAAAAUUGACAUUCAUAUUAAUGAUGUCCUUGUGGCUGAAAAAUACUGUAUAUUUUAUCCUGAUGACAAUGAUCCUGACACAGAUAGAUGCAGUCUGCCAGAAGGCACAAAUAAAAGAAUGCCAACAAAUACUAAUAUAGGCUAUCAACAUGAGCCAGUUCUUCCUCAACAAACCCCAGAAUGGUUUCCACAUGCAGUCUACCUACAGUCUUUGGUUGCACUGUUAUUUCAGAAUUGUCCAAAACCUGAAAUUUCUGGCAUCUCUGAAGAAAAUAUUUUUUCUGAAAUUACCAAGGAUUCUCUGGAUCAAUCUGUCAGUCCUAGUCAAAAACAAUAUGACAUUACAAUGACAUUACAACAACAGAUCGAACACAUUAAAACUUCAAACUGCAAAGUAAAUGGAAAGAUGCAUUCAGAAACAACCAAUAUUAAUCCUGGAUCUCUUGCCACAGGCACAUGUGAAGAUAAGAUCAAUAAAGAACCUUCAAGAACAGAGUCAGACAACAAAUUACCUCCUCCGGUUAACAAAUGUUCCAAAAGUGAAGUGGUUGUGCGUCCUACAAGUAUUUCUACUAUGCCAAUUACCAAUUCUAUAUGCAAAGUAAAUAUGAAUCCUGGCAAUUUCUUAUCAAACAACCUACAUACCUCAGACAUCUCAAAAGAAUACCCUAUCAGUCAAGGAAAUAAUUUAAAGCCAUUUGUUCAAAGAAUAGAACUCACUCCUGAAAUUGCAAUCCACCUCUUCAAUUUCAAUGGAACUGCCUGUAUCUCAAGCUGUGAACUUUCAUCUUUCUUCUGGAAGAUUGACAUUAUACGAACAAUGCUUAGACGUGUAAAUCUUGGAAUCUCAAAAGUUAUAAUCUGUCAAGAAGAUUACGAAGAAUUGUUUAAGGAACUAGAAAAUAUUAACUUUAGUGGUUUGAAAUCUGGAGAUGACCAUAAAGAUUGGUUGACUUUGUUCCGGCUUGAAGAUGUCCCUCUGGUUUUAGAAACUUUUUGUCAUCCUUCUGCUGAGUUAAAAGCAGCUGUUAACAAAGCAAUCCAAGAGUUUGAGCCCGAUGAUAAUUUUUGGAAAAAUAACAGUGCAAGGAGUUCUCUCAAAAAAGUGUCUGAUAGCUCAACUCUUAAUAUGGUAAAAUGUACUUCACCUGUCUCCAUCCCUACAAAUAAACUCUCAAAUCAAGUCCAGCAUCUCUCCGUCAAAAAUAAGGGACAAUUGAAUUUGAGUAAGUCUGCUUCCCCUCCUAGUCUUCGGUCACAAUGGAGCUCUCCUUCCCAAGAAAUCAAAUUUAAAGCUGGCUCUCUCGAGGCUGUACCUUGGCUGCGGCAUUCCAGUGCUUCAGGAGAAGACAUGAAGACCAUCAAUUACAAUUUGACUAUUUUCCAUAAGCAAAGACAACGAAUUUUAAACAGAUUAAUGAAAGAUCCCAGUGAUUAUGAAAACUGUGUAAAAGAAUUAGAAGAUGUUGAAGAUAAAUUGCAGAAGUUGAAUGAACUACUAAUUAAACUCAGUCCCACUGUUGAAAACCGUGACCCACCUGGAAGAUCCCAUUCACCAUACCACCAAAGCCAGUCUAACCACAGUGGCUCCCCAUCAAGUAGUCUGGGUCUUUCUCCAAGAGAUACACGAUCAACAUCUCGUUCACCCAGUUCGUCUCCGGUUCCUGAAAAUGUUCCUUUGACUCCAAAAAUUCUCAAUCAGAUGUUAGACUCCCAGUAUGCUGCUAUGUUUGCUGCUUCUGGAGCAGCAGUAGCAUCCAAUGAACACUUUCUUGCUAUUGGUCAGAAUUCAUAUCCUAGUGGACAUCCUUUUAGCAACAAUUCCUCCCAACUUUCAGAAAGACCCUAUAAACUGAGCUGCAGCCCGACAGCAAGAAAUAAUUCUAACAAGCUUUCACCUUUACUGUUACCUGGUUUGUAUCCUUUACUGCGAGAGCAGAUUGCUUCUACUUCCUCAGUAGGGUAUGGCACAGGUUUGCUGGGUGUGACUCAAUCAGCUAACUGCUUGUCUACUAGAACAUUUAACUCUACCAGUCCAUCUCUAUCUCCCAAACAUGUGCCCUUCAGGAGUCCCUCUCCACUGACUUCCAUACCUGCUUCAAGCAAUGCAAACAGCACCAAAAAUGGCCAUGUUUAAUGUUUACUACUACUACUACUACUACUACUACUACUACUACUACUACUACUGUAUGUGUUUUUAUCUUGGGUAUUUGUCAAUUACCCAAGCAGUUUUUAUAGUUAGCCAAUGAAAUGUUGUAGUUUAAUUUUUUUUCCACACUGAAAUUUAAAUAUAUAAACAAUGGGAUUAUUUGUUAUUAGAUUUACAAAACUCCAAACAUAUUUUCAUAAUACCUGAUUGUUACUUUUUUUUUUUGUUUUUUUUUUUAUAGGUUCUAGAAUGUUUAAGGUUUUCCAAUAUAUGCUAAACCUACCUGUAAUAGAUAAUAUUUUGGAGUUGCAAUAAAAACCUGAACAGCAAAACAGUUGAUAGAAAACCAAAUGAGUGGGGAUCAUUACCGACUGAGAAUGUGCAGAAAAGUAACAAUGACAAACUUAUUUGAGUAAAUUUUUUGCUUGAAGCAAAAGAAUUUAAUUUUUCAUUUUAGGAAUAUUAUUUUCAUUUUUGCAAUUUUAAAAUAGAUACAUCAAUUAAAUCAAAUCAUGGUAUUUAUCUGUUAAUUUUAUGCUUCUAUGUUCUCUAUUAAUGUACAGAAUAUGUUGAAACAUUUCAGUUAAAACUAUAGAUUUUAUUUUAGCACAAAGUAUUACAUAGUAUGUUUUUGAAAAUUUGUAACACAGACUUUGAUUUAUUGUUAACUUACUAAUGUUAGAAUCUUAAAACUAUUAUCCUCAUUAUUACAUUCUUUUCAUUCUGUGACAAAUUCCAUAGAGAAAUAAUUUGAUUACUUUAACAAGCGUUGUUGAUACAAGUUAUGUUUGGAUUAAAAGUUUCAGUUGGCUUCACAUUUUGCAUGAUAAAACAGAAAGGAAAAUAUGCUUGAUAUUUUUGUAGAAUAUUUUCAAUUUUUUCUUGUCACUUUUGUUUCCCCUGAAAAUAUAUUAAACAAUUAUUUUCUAAUCAAAAUUUUUCGUCCACUCCUCUCAUUUUCAUGCUUUUAAGCAUUUUCUUAUUUACUUCAUUUAUUGCAUCUUCAGGUUCUAUUGCCAAGACACUUUGAAGUUCAUUAUAAACAUGUAAAUUUAGUGAUUUUGAUAAGCCCUUCAAAAAUUUAUAUUACGUAUGUGUGGGUUUUUUUUUUUUUUUUGUUAAACACAGAUUUAAAUAUCAUUUGAUAAUGAAUAAAUUGGUCUGGCUGUGACUUAACAUUUGUUAUCUUAGAAUGGCAGUUUUAUAUUGUUAAUUUUGCAAAUCACAAUUAUUAUUCAAACCUAGUUUACUGGUACUCUGGGAUGGCAUAAAUUUGUUUUGCUGGUAAACUUCCUCUUUAAAAAAAUUCAUUCUAAGAUCAUUUCAUGUAAAAACACUGGUGGGCAAUUGUCUUUCAUGUUAAUUUAAUUAUUUUGCUAUUUCUUGUUAUAUUAGAAAUUAUUCCUGAAGCACUGGCUGAAGCUUGAAAGCUGUGAUAUUCUAAUGUGCCAUUUAAUUAUUUAAAUGCAAUGUAUUUAUUAAAAUUAAUAUUUUUUACAGAUAACUGUCUCUCUUUGUAUUAGCUGUUAAAAAAAGAAAAAAUAUUUCUAUGUAGCUUUACAUUUUCAAUUUUUUUAUUUGUUUCUCACAUUGAUGAAAUAAGGUGUAUUUAAAUUUUUUACUUCAAUUUCUACUUUUUUUAUUCUAUAUAAAUUACUGUAUUUGUGAAGUUAUCACAAACAGCUGCUAUGGAAUGAAAGAGGUAGCAUUACUAAUUUCUGCAAAAAGACCUUAUUUACAUCAACUACUGGCAGCUUAUUUUCCAGCUAAUAUAUGCUUAUUUUUUUUAUUAUCAUUUUUCUAAGUAUUUUUUUCCUUUUUUCGCACAAGUGCAUAUGUAUGUAUAAUUUUGAAAUGUUUGGAGAUAAACAGAGUAACAAUUUUCUAAAUUACUUUAAAAUACAUGUUAAUAUCUUGAUAGAACAUCAUAUAAUUUGAUGGUUUAAGUGUUUUCAGUUGAUAAAUAUUUGCAUCAAUAGGUGAUGGUAGAUUGUAUAAUGUCAUUGUAAUUGAUAUUAAGCAGUAAUGUAACAUAGUUUUGUCAUAACUAUACUUUUGAUUUUAAAAUAGUAGGGUUAUUUGUCGUAAAAUAGUUUAUCAAAACUUAUCCCCAUCUCCCAAAUUUUUAUCUCAUUUAACUUGGUUCAUAGACCCACUUUGGAAUAAUUUAUUCAGGUUGUUGUAGGUGACAUAAUUGGUGUUGUAAGAAAUACCUCAUGUCAGUUCACCCUCUGUGACUACCUAGAAUGCCAGAGAUGUUACAACUAAAUUUUAUGAAGUACCAAUAACGAUUUAGCCAUUAAGAUAUUUUGCAUCCUUAUCUGAGGAGUAACAUAGCUGUUAAAGUUUCAACCCACAUCCUAAAUUUAUCCUGUAAAAAUAACUUUGUUCCACUGCUUUUUAACUUUUUUGAAAUUAUAAGCAACUAGUGAACAAUUUUACUGUUGAGAAGGGCAGAAAUAUAAAGUUAAGUUUCAACAAUAUAUAUAUAUACAUAUAUAUGUUUCUCUAAGAUCUUCUUUAGACAACUUUUUGUGUGUCCUUGUAAGAAAUGUUGUAUACUUACAAUGACCAUUUGACAUUGGUCCCUAUCUUUGACAAAAUCAAAAGCUUCUUUGAAUCUAAUUUGACAUCUUAUUAGAUUAUCAUUAACUUCUAAAACAUAUAACUAGCAAAGGUUCCAUCUAUCUGAUCUGUAGCUUGAUUUUUGUAUAUUUUAAAGAGGGGACAGUUGUAGAAGUUGGUCCUCAAGUAUGUGUAAUGAAAACAAAUCUUUCAAGAUAAAAGCUAAUUGAGUGCUCUACACAAACUAUAUUUAAUAUUUUCAUUCGAUGUAUUGCUUACAUAGCUUUCUAAAACAUUGACACUUUUAAUUCAUGGAUUUUGUUAUCAGUGACUAGCUAAUUGUCAUAUUCAGAGGAACUAAUUAGAUGUUGAUCCCUUUUCAUUUGAAAUCUUUUAUGGCAUUCUAGAUUGGGAUAGUUCUAUUUAUACAAUUUGGGGGAAGCUGGGGAUUUUUGUAGUACUUUUUUUUUUCUUCUUUCUCAUAUUUAAAUCUGUUUGUCUCCUCCUCACUUUUGAGAUUUUUUCAAUAAAAAUUUAUCAAUUAG